AUGAUCCAUCCCGCUCCCGGUAUCGUGUAUCAUGCCAGCAAAAGCGGCGAGUCUCAAAAUAGCCCCAAACAUCUCAGCGCGCCCCCCCCUCCUACUAAGCCCCUAGGAGCACCGCGGCAGCGCUACCCACCGUCGCGAUACGCAUUCAACGCUCGCUAUUCGCAAACGACCGACGUCUUGGUUCCGAGAUGCUUCGGGGAUGAUGACUUAACUUCUGUCAAUUGA